AUAGGGUCAAUCGAGGUUAUAUGGCCAUAGAGGAGAGAUGGCCCAACACGAUAUUUUCCUAAAUAGUUAUUAGAGGACGUUUUUUUCAAUAAGGCGUAAUGUACUGUUGUGUGAUCGUGCCAUACUACAAACUCUGAGUCAAUUAACUAAGUUUAAAGAUGCCAAAUAUUUAUAAAAUAAAAUCAUUGGAGAGGGCUAAAUGGACCGAGGAACAACUGAAAUCUGCAAUGAGUACUGUUAAAGAUGAGGGAUUAUCUGUACAUCAGACUGGAAGAACUUACGGUAUUCCGAGAAAGACAUUGGAAAUGCGAAAGAAUGAAGACCAUAAGAAAAAAUUGGGUCCAGAUACUACUUUCGGAGCUGCACAUGAAAACAGACAGGUUCGGCAUAUUAAAGAAAUGAAAUAA